AUGGGACGCCCUCAUCACAUGGGAACUGAUACCGAACAGGACCCUGUCCAGUCCUACGGUCGCCCUUACGAGCCUGCCUCUGAAUCGUACGAUCCGUUCCCCCCUCGUGGCCGCAGUCCCGCUAUCCGGCGUCACAACAGAUCAGAACCUGCCGCCUCUGCUGCUGUAUACGACGACUUCCAACGCGAUCCUGGUCACAGGGAACAACCCAUGGGACACCGCGAGAGCCAUAAGCGCCGCAAAGAUACAGGCUCAGACGCCUACGCACCCCAGGCCGAGCUCAGGCAGGAUCGCAAGAGUCACAAGAACCGCUACUACCACGGCGACGAAAACGAAGCCUUCCCAAGCCGGGCUCGGAGCCACGGUCGCUCCGCCCGUGAACCUUCAAACGCCGGUCAUUACCGCUCUAUCGACGACCAACGCAAUGAAUUUGACGCGUACGCACCGGCGUCUCGUCGUGGUCGUGAGCGACAACACGCGUAUCACCCGCCUCGGACAAGCGACACGAGGCGCACCAAGUAUUCAGAUUUCGAAGCAGAGCCUCGUCAGGCUGAAAUGCGUCGCUCCCGCUACGCCGACUACGACGACACAGACCCCCGUACAUCGGAGCCACGCCACUCCCGGUACCACGAGUACGAUGCUGAGCCCCGUGAGAUUGGCAGGCGACGUUCGCGCAACACUGAUAUUGAGAAAAAUCGUCGUGGUGGUAGCGAAGCUACUCGCGACCGCUAUACCGAUUACGAGUCCGGACCCCGUCCUCAGGCGCAUGGCUAUGCUUUCCAGGAGCGCGGUCGCUUCAGAAAUGACUCUCCAGACCGAUAUGAGCGGUCCGGCGGCCAGCAGCGCUCUACUAGAGGCCAGUCUAUGCCCAGAAGAGAAGCUAUAGGUGGUACCUCCGCAGCUUCCCGGCCCCGAGCCAGAUCAGCUGUUGGUUAUGCUGCCCUUGGCGAAGCUGCCCAGACGGCUUUUAGGGUUGGAAGUCAAGCAGCUAUGCAGGUGCGGAGCGAGCCCGGCCCCUGGAUUGGCGAGAAAGGUACGCGGGUGGCCACGGCUGCUCUCGGUGCCGCCCUCGUUGAUACGUUUGUCGGCCAUAAGGCCACUGGCAUGAAGGGUGGUAUGCGCCAUCAGGCACUUCGGCAAGCAUGUGAAAUGGGCAUCCGCAACUUUGUUGUACAACCUACUGUCAAUACAGCGACUCGUCGCAGCACCAGCGGCGGCGGCGGCGGUCGCAGUAGCGGUGGUCGCAGUCGGCACUGA